AUGAAGGUUCCGUACACGAUUAAAUUCGCGGACGUGUCCAAGUCGUUUUACAUUCUUAACUACCUCGCGAACUCGGUGUGCAAGUUCCCGACCGGGCCGACGAUUUUCCUGCCGACAAAUCAGGCGUGGAGCGACGCGCUCGAGGGGUACAAGAAGAGCCGCAGCAGCGGCGCGCUGUACGAAGCGCUCGACGCGGUCGCGAGCGAUCGGAUCAAGAACGCGAUUGUCUGGGCGGGGAGUAAGACCAUGAUAAACAGCACUGAGCUGUCGCGUCUCGCUGAUAAGGCGAAAUCGUGCAAAACGCUCACGACGCAUCCGAUCGGGGAGGCCGCGCGGACCGCGCUCUACAACCUGAUGUCGUUCCACACGGCGGCUUCUCGGGUUACGAUCUUGAAUCUGGAUAGCCAGUGUACCGCCACAGGCACGUCUUUCAAGACCGCGUUCAAUAGCAACAACCUGAACUUCAAGUGCAACAGCACCGACACUGGUUUCAUCUCCGGUUCGGACCCCCUUGCAUCUGGCGCAACUGCUGGUACUCCGUCUGCUGUGGCAAUGAUCGACGAGCCGCAGAAGGAUUAUUUCUACGUCAACGCGGUUGUCUUCCCCAGCAACAUCUCCUCCCUGCCUGGUGCCGUUGCCUCUGUCUCACGUCUCUUCACUGCUCUGCUGGUCUUCGCCUCUGCUCUUGCCUCUGCCGCUGCUACUGUCUCGCGUCUCUUCACUGCUCUGCUGGGUGGAGCGGCGCCUGCCGCCUCUGCUCGCUGCCAGCUGUGCUCGCAGCCAGCUGUGCUCGCAGCCAGCUGUGCUCGCUGCCAGCUGUGCUCGCUGCCAGCUGUGCUCGCUGCCAGCUUCUUACCCUCAUACUCGCUGUCCCACCCACCACACACCCCUCCCCCCCUCCCCAAACCCCCCCACACCUCCACAGGUAUCAGAGAUAGGCGACGAGCGCCCCAUCUCCACCUGCGCCCUCUCCCCCGACGCCUCUCUCCUCGCCACCUCCGGGUAUCAGAGAUAGGCAAUGAGCCCCCCAUUUCUUCCUGUGCUCUCUCCCCCGACGCAUCUCUUGUCGCCACCUCGGGGUGGAGCGGCGCCUGCCGCCUCUGGUCGCAGCCAGCUGUGCGGGCGGCGGGCGCACUGCGCGGCCACUCAGAGCGCGCCACUUGUGUGGCCAGGCACCCCCACGCGCUCUCCUCUCUCCCCGCCUCCGGCCCCAACCUUGUCACGGCUGGUGCUGACAGGUACGACAGGUGCAGGAAUGGGGGGUAG